AUGUGUCUCCCACGGAUAAACGGUGCAGCAAAACCAUCACUUCGUGGAUCACUAACUUACUCGUCUUACCGUUGGCUUUGUACAUAUCGAAAUAAGUCAUCUAAAAACUAUUACGAUAUCUUGGGUGUGAAACCGAGUGCUUCUCUCGCCGAAAUCAAAACAGCAUUUUAUGAGCUAUCUAAAAAAUAUCAUCCGGAUGCCACUUUAAAAUCGGACAAAUCUGAUAUACGAUCUGCGAUGUAUUUGGAAAUUAAAGAUGCUUAUGAAGUGUUGAAAGACAAAAAGAAGCGAUAUGAAUACGACUUAGGAUUCUCGGAUGCAUCAAGUUAUAGUGAAAGUCACAACGAUCACAGAGAUGCUGUUAAUCGAAAACAAAGGAAUCCAUCAAAUUUUUACGCGAGAACGCCGCAGUAUGAAAAUGAUAGGUGGUAUGAAUGGUACCGGAAACGACAAAUGGAGAGUAUGGGGACACGUUACAGUCGAAAGUAA